GGGCCCUCCUCCGGCGGCACCGGGCUCGGGCUGCAGACGGACAGACGGACAGACGGACAGCGGCAGGCGCUGCUGCUGUCUGCGAGUUCUUCCCGAACGCGCGUUUACUGAGGGCCUUACCCCUCCGCAAAAUGCAGUCGGGUGUUUGCCUGUCCGCUUUGUUUACGGACCUUCCUGCUAAUCUAAUUGCAAUUAAAUCGGUUGAGCGCUAUGUUCGUUUUCUCUUUUUGUCCUAUUUCCCCUCAGUCCAGCCAAGAAGUCUGGCUCAGAUAACGCUUUUUCGGCAUGUUCCAGGGGCGUGCCGCACUUCUGGCAUAUCAGCGCAAGCCUUCCGUAGGAGUGCGUGCGGAUUUAUCGGGGUUCGUGUGCCGCACUCGCCAAAGCCCGAGGGCGCGUACUCCGGCACAGAGCUCGUACGGGCAGUGCGCGGGGGCGCCAGCAAACCCGCUUCAGGCCACGUCACCCUUGCGUUCCAGUGUUCCUCUUUACUAACUUGCUUUUUCGGGGUGUCUGUUUAAUGUCGGACAGAAUUCUGUGAGGUAAUUGUAAGCUUGUGAAAAGUGUAAGGCAGUUAUAACACUGUGUACCUGGCUCAGUCACCAGAAGCUGUAAGCAGCCACAGCUCCUGGUGCUCAGUUGGAGUUACGAUUUCAACGUGUUUUCCAAUGGAAAGCUUGAAGAGAAGAAUUACUGAAUUUUUCUUUUCCUAUUGAGAAUGGAUGUGUACAGGGAAAUAAGAGGUAGGUAACAAAGUAGAUGCUUUGUAGAUACAUUUUGGAUGAGUUGGGAGGGCACUAGAGACCUAUUCCUGAAGUCAGGAGCCAGGUGAUAAGAAGGAAUAAAGGUGAAGUAAGGAAUGGAGCUGAGGAUCACAGGUUUGGAGCCAAAGUCAGGAUGUCAAUAGGAAGUCAGGCAGAAAGAGGCCUCAGGCAAACGAGUGCAGUUACUGCAGUUACUGUGUCUGGUGUGAGUUUAAUCUUCGGAGUAUGAACAAAAGGAAGGGGAGUGGCUAGAUACCUGUUGCCAUUAUUUGAAUGAUGGACAUGCAAUUUAACCUGCAGUGGAUGAAGAGAGUUCUUGAAUCCUUACUGCACUUUUUGUAUUACUGAGGUGGCUGCUGGCUUCCUCCUCACCUUGGAUCACACCACCAAAAGAAUUGUCUGGAGAGCUCUUUGCUGAGCCAGCUGUGCUCCCAUGGAGGCCAGUGCCAACAGCAGCCACCAAGUUAGAGGAAAGAAAUAGGGCAGUUCUCACUUGAACCGGUGCUUGCAAAAACCUAAGGAAGUUAUUCUUAGCCAAAAUGCAGAUAACUGUUAUUUUCAAACUCAGAGUGAAACAUUGAUGUAGGAUAAGAGAACAGUAGUACAAACAAGGUGCAGAAGCCAUCCUUUUCAUAAGUGCAUAGGAUUUUUAUUUCUGUAGGAACUCCAUGCUCAUUUGAAUGGCUGUAUCAGUUCUGCUACUAUGAAGAAACUCAUGGCCCAGAAGCCAAACCUUCAGAUCCAGAAUGGAAUGACUGUGAUUGACAAAGGAAAGAAAAGAACCUUAGAUGAGUGAGUAUAUAUGUUUUCAGAUGUUUCAGAUCAUCUAUCAGGUUACCACAAGGACUGAAGAUAUUUUACUGAUAACUAAAGAUGUCAUUAAAGAAUUUGCUGAUGAUGGUGUCAAGUAUCUGGAAUUGAGAAGCACUCCAAGAGAAGAAAAUUCCACAGGUAUGACUAAAAGGAUGUAUGUUGAAAAUGUACUUGAGGGUAUAAAGCAGUGUCAUGAAGAAGGCUUGGAUAUAGAUGUAAGGCUGUUGAUAGCAAUAAACAGAAGAGAUGGCCCAGAAGUUGCUAAGCAGACUGUUAAACUUGCUGAAGAGUUCCUGCUUUCCAGUGAUGGGGUUGUAGUAGGACUUGACCUCAGUGGUGAUCCCACUGCAGGACAUGGUCAAGAUUUUUUGGAACCGCUCUCAGAAGCAAAAAAAGCAGGUCUAAAGCUGGCACUGCAUCUUUCUGAGAUUCCAAAUCAAGAAGAGGAGACCAAGAUUCUACUGGGACUGCCUCCUGACAGAAUUGGACAUGGAACAUUUCUCAAUUCUACAGCAGCAGGUUCUGAAGAGAUAGUGUCACUGGUUCAGCAGAAUCAUAUACCUAUUGAAUUUUGCAUGACAUCAAACAUAAAAUCUCAGACAGUGCCUUCCUGUGACAAACACCAUUUUGGAUACUGGUACAACAUGGGCCAUCCUUCAGUGCUUUGUACUGAUGAUAAAGGCGUCUUUGCAACUGAUCUAUCGCAAGAAUAUGAGCUGGUUGCAAAAACAUUUAAUCUGACUCAAUCACAGAUGUGGGAUCUUUCCUACGAAUCAAUCAACUAUAUUUUUGCUUCAAAUGCAGUAAAAUCCAAGCUAAGAGAACAGUGGUGUAAGCUAAAGCCAGCUCUGUUUGAUUAAUCAAAGUGUUGUCCUAAAUCCGUUGUAUUAGCUGAGUUAGUAAGAUUUUUUAAAUUAAAUCCCUGGCUUUUUUCAGACCUCAGGGUUUUAAAUCCAGCUAUAAACUGCCUGUGCAAAAUUAAGGCAACUGGAAUGCAUUCCUUCUUACUGGGGACAGAAGUAUAUGUUCUUUUGGUGGUUGGGAAGGGCUCUCAACAUGUGAUGUAAUGACUAAAUGUGUUGUCACCUUAUCUCUCUUGAGCUGAUACGACAUUUUAAAAAACACUUAGUUGAAAUAUGUCAUCAUAAUAUAAACAUUUGAGAGCUGGAACAAAAUUAAGGCAGAGCUAUUGGUGUUUAAAACAUUUCUGUUGUUAGCAGUCUGCCAAACAGUUUGAAUGUGUGGUGUGUAUUCUUGGGGUUUAUUUUGGGGUUUUGGUAUUAUUUUCAUGUUUUGAGCUGUUGAUUGAAUCUGAAGACAAAAACAAACUCAGGGAAAACAAAAUAUUUAUCCCAAGGAAUUAAUAUUGUAUCUGGCUUUAUUGUUGUACAUAUAUGACUGAAGCUGUGUGGAUUGAGUAGCACGUGGAGAUCUCUGCUAGUGCUCUGGGCACUGGUGGUGUGUAGGCACUUAAAUCUCAAAUGCCUUCAGUAACUGAGCUACUUGGCAAAGUGGUCUCAUUCUUAAAAUGCUUUUCAGAAUUGCUGUUUGUUGUGUUAAAAAAGCAAUAAAAAACAGCUCCAUGUUUUUGAAACUACUA